GCCGGCCGGGCAUCCCCGGGUUGGGCGGCGCGCCCUCCGGGGUGUGGCCGUCUCGCGCCCCGCCCCCGCCCCUCCUCCUCCUCCUCCUCUGGCUCCCUGGUCGGGUGGUCGCUCAGAUUUCGGUCUCGCAGCACAUCCACCGCCUGUCCAGCAGCUCCCGGGACCAUGGCCAACCUCGAACGCACCUUCAUCGCCAUCAAGCCGGACGGCGUGCAGCGCGGCCUGGUGGGCGAGAUCAUCAAGCGCUUCGAGCAGAAGGGGUUCCGGCUGGUGGCCAUGAAGUUCCUUCGGGCCUCUGAGGACCAUCUGAAGCAGCACUACAUUGACCUGAAAGAUCGACCCUUCUUCCCAGGGCUGGUGAAGUACAUGAACUCAGGGCCAGUGGUGGCUAUGGUCUGGGAGGGGCUGAAUGUGGUGAAGACAGGCCGAGUGAUGCUUGGGGAGACAAAUCCAGCAGAUUCUAAACCAGGUACCAUUCGAGGGGAUUUCUGCAUUCAAGUUGGCAGGAACAUCAUUCAUGGCAGUGACUCCAUACAAAGCGCUGAAAAAGAGAUCAGCCUAUGGUUUAAGCCUGAAGAAUUGGUUGACUACAAGUCUUGUGCUCAUGACUGGGUCUAUGAAUAGAGAUGGUCAAAGCAGGGUCCCCGUCAGCACAACCAGAGGAGUCCUUGAUCACAGCUGUUCAUUCCACUGACUUGGAAGAUAGAGUAGAUCAUUCUUUUCUAAAGCAUAUUUACCAAUAAAGCCUUUGGAAGUGGGUGCA